AAAGUGAUCUGUGACUUUAGCCAAGGUUCCACAAUAGAAGUUCCUUCAAUAAUUUUUCGUUUAUAUAAAUAACACAUGAACAAAAACAAAUUAAAAGCAAAGUGUACAAAGUAAAUUAGCUACUAAUCGUAGCUUCAAGACAGAGGGAUCCAAGUGACAAUAGCAAAGGAAGCUAUUCAUCCAAAGAAACCAUAGGUUGUGAUGGAGGCACCUGAUCCAAUGGAGCUGAAGUAUAGCACAGGCAAUGACGUAGGAGGACUGGAGUUGUGCAUCGUCUGCGGAGACAGGGCUUCUGGCAGACACUACGGUGCCAUUAGCUGUGAAGGUUGCAAGGGGUUCUUCAAGCGUUCGAUCCGCAAGAAGCUGGGCUACCAGUGCCGUGGUACCAUGAACUGCGAGGUGACGAAGCACCACCGCAACCGGUGCCAGUACUGCCGCCUGCAGAAGUGUUUGGCUUGCGGCAUGCGGAGCGACUCGGUCCAACACGAGAGGAAGCCGAUCGUGGACAAGGCGAAGGGCGACGGGCGCGACCACGAGCGCCAGGCCGCCUACUCCAAGCUGCUGGGGCUCGCGGGGCAGGCGCAGGCGCAGAUAAACCCGAAGGAGGAGCCGAGCGACGCGUUCGGCGCGGUGUCGCCCGCCGCGCCCGCGCUCAACUUCGCCUUCGCCGCCGCCGUCGCCUGCGGUAUCAACAAAGGGAACCCGGUGUCCCCAUACCUGGGCGCGGGUGCCCCCGGGGACGUGGAGGGCGCGCGGCGGCAGCAGCUCAUGCUGCAGACGCAGCUCGCCAAGAACCUCUUCAAGAUGGGACAGUUCGGCGCAAUCAACGAGUACUUCCAGUCGGCGUACGGCGCCACUCCGCCCGACGUGCCGCUGGCGUCGCUGCACGCGGCCGACGCGCAGCAGAACGAUGGUGAAGAGGUCGGCAUACUGAGCACAGCGGAGAGUCUCCAGCUGCCGCUGCAGCUGCCGGCCGGGUGCCCGCCAGCCCCGCUGCGGCUGCACGCCGCGUGCGAGGCGGGCGCGCGCCUGCUGGCCGCCUGCGCGCGCUGGGUGCUGGCGCUGCCCGCCGCCAACGCUCUGUCAUUCGAGAUCCAAGUGACUCUGCUGCGCAAGUGCUGGCCCGAGCUGUUCGUGCUGGGGCUGGCGCGCUGGUCGCAGGCGCUGGGGCUGUCCACGCUGCUGCCGAUGCUGUCCAGCCACCUGCAGGCGGAGCUGCGCGAGCGCGCUGACGCCAGGCACCCGCAGCCCGCCCAGCAGACCACACCUGACCUGUCGCAUCCUGAGAUAACAAUAUCAGACUACUCGGACGAGCGCAUCGAGGAGGUGUCAGCGAUGCUGUGUCGGCUGCACCAGUUCAUCGCGCACGCGGAGCAGCUGCGGCUGUCGGACCGCGAGUACGCGCAUCUGCGUGCGCUGUGCCUGUUCUCACCAGACGGCGUGCCCGAGUUCCUGACGCGCAAGCUGCAGGAGUACCAGGCCAGGGUGCUGCGCUCCCUGCGCGCCGCCUGCCAGCCGGACGACGAGAGGGUCGCCACGCUGUUGCUGCGCCUGCCGGUAUUACGUACCUUCACGGGUAGUUUCAUCGAGGAUGUGUUCUUCGUCGGAUUCGUCGGCGACGUGAGCAUCGACGAAGUUAUACCGUACUUACUCAACGCUGAACGUUGAUUGGCAAAUACUGAAUAGGUCGUUGAGUAUUUCUCCUCCUUAGUCCCCCCAUUUUUAAUACCAAUAUUAGUAUUUUUGUAUGAAAGAAAGGAGAUGUCCGAAAUUGGGUCCACUUUUCAAAAUGAUACAGAAAUGAAAAAUGUACUAAAAAUUUUAUAAAGAAGUAAAAAAUAUUUUUUUUUUAAUCGCCAGUACUUUCGGAGCUUGUUACUAAGAAACAAAAAUGAGUUAAAAAAUGUAGCCUUCAUGUUACUCAAUUACCUUUUAUGUCUUCCAGUGAAAGUCCCAUUGAAAUCGGGUCAACCGUUCCAAAUAGAUAUAAGCUCAGACAAUACAACACACGUGUCUACGUAACUAAAACAAAUAACACAAUACGUGUGUAACUUUAUCCACAUAAAAAGAAAACAUAGAUAGAUAACAGCAGCGAAGUGUUCAUGCAAGUCGAUUCGCGCCGGGUUACCUUUAAAAGUCCAUGCAUUUUCAUUGUACGGUAUAUGAGAAACCAGAAUUUGUAUCACUAUGACUUCCUUCUCUUUGGGAAAGCUUCCCUUCAUCUAAAUUCCAUCCUUCGCCACUGAUAGAUAAAUAUAAUAAUGAUAAAUAUUGAUUUAUUAGAAAUUUAAAUUUUAUUCAAUUUUACUCCAGUUUCCAGUGUAGUUUAUAAUAAUCAAUUUGUAAUUUUGUUUAUGAUUUAGAUUGCUUUAAAAUAUUUUAUUAGAUAAUAAUUUUAGAAUAAAUAAAGAUUUAGGUAAUAUUAUUUUGUGUUCAUAAUAAUACAAAGAUAUUUAGGCGCCUUGUAAACGAUCGAAGUAUUUGUCGAAACUAAUGCGUCAAACAAUUUGAUAAUAUGCUGGCUUUGUUUGAAAACUUUUGUCAAACAAUUUGAUAAUAUGCCAACUUUGUUCAAAGACUUUUGUCAAACAAUUUGAUAUGCUGGCUUUGUUUGAAGACUUUUGUCAAACAAUUUGAUAUGCUGGCUUUGUUUGAAGACUUUUGUCAAACAAUUUGAUAAUAUGUUGGCUUUGUCUGAAGACUUUUGUCAAACAUGUUAGAUCAUUUCCAAUGCCUUCUAUAAUCAUAUUAUAUGAAUGAAACUACUAAGUUGGUAAGUUGUUAAGUUUAGUUGAAAUAAUGUUUAAAAACUGCCGUCCAAUUGUAUUAGAAUAUACAUUAUUUUGAACUAUACUAUUUUUGAUGAGAAUAAUAUUAAUAAAGAUUAGUUUAUAUACAAUGCAUAUUUGUAUAAGUAAAGUAUUUUUAAAAA